UCGUUCUCUUUCUCUCUCUAGAAAAAUAACACCAAAAAAACCAUUUCUCUCUCGCUCUAGAUCACAAACACUUCUCUUUCUCUCUCUUCUCUCUCUGUUACUAGUUCAAAUUCUCUUCUGCCAUUUUCGUGGGUUCGAAGAAAUUGAAGCUGAUCUUUGUCGAGAUACCUAAGCCUUCUUUUGAGCCGUGGUCUCAGAUCGAGAGCCUGAGGAUCUGGAAUUCGGGAGAGGGAGAAGGGGCAAUCCAAGCGCUUGGUCUCGGGACUGGAUCUGACCGGAGAUGGCUUUGUCCGGUAUGCGAGGCCUGUCGGUCUUCAUCAGCGACAUUCGCAAUUGCCAGAACAAAGAGCAGGAGAGGUUAAGGGUCGAUAAGGAGCUUGGCAAUGUCCGCACCCGCUUCAAGAACGAAAAGCAGGGUUUGUCACCUUAUGAAAAGAAGAAGUAUGUUUGGAAAAUGCUUUACAUUUACAUGUUGGGUUAUGAUGUGGAUUUUGGUCACAUGGAAGCUGUUUCUCUAAUAUCUGCACCAAAGUAUCCAGAGAAGCAGGUUGGGUACAUUGUGACAUCAUGUUUACUAAAUGAGAACCAUGACUUUCUGAGGUUAGCCAUAAAUACAGUGCGCAAUGAUAUUAUUGGCCGCAAUGAAACUUUCCAAUGUCUAGCAUUGACAAUGGUUGGGAAUAUUGGUGGAAGAGAAUUUGCUGAGUCAUUAGCACCUGAUGUGCAGAAGUUACUUCUAUCUAGCAGUGCCAGACCUCUUGUAAGAAAGAAAGCUGCUUUGUGUCUGCUGCGUUUGUACAGGAAAAAUCCUGAUGUAGUCAAUGUAGAUGGAUGGGCGGAUCGUAUGGCUCAGCUUUUGGAUGAGCGUGAUCUUGGUGUUUUGACAUCCUCAACAAGCCUUCUUGUUGCCCUUGUUGCAAAUAACCAUGAAGCGUACUGGAGCUGUCUUCCAAAAUGUGUUAAAAUACUUGAGCGACUUGCUAGAAAUCAGGAUGUUCCACAAGAGUACACAUACUACGGUAUCCCAUCUCCCUGGCUUCAGGUUAAGGCAAUGAGGGCUCUUCAGUAUUUUCCUACAAUUGAAGAUCCAAAUACGAGAAGAUCAUUAUUUGAGGUCUUACAACGGAUAUUGAUGGGGACUGAUGUUGUGAAAAAUGUGAACAAGAAUAAUGCAUCGCAUGCCGUUCUCUUUGAAGCCCUUGCUCUUGUUAUGCAUCUAGAUGCUGAAAAAGAGAUGAUGUCUCAGUGUGUUGCAUUGCUUGGAAAGUUUAUAGCUGUACGAGAACCAAACAUUCGAUAUCUUGGGUUGGAGAAUAUGACACGUAUGUUGAUGGUGACAGACGUGCAAGAAAUAAUUAAAAGACAUCAAGCUCAGAUUAUCACCUCAUUGAAGGAUCCUGACAUCAGUAUUCGUAGGCGAGCCCUUGACUUGCUUUAUGGUAUGUGUGAUGUUUCAAAUGCAAAGGACAUAGUGGAAGAAUUAUUGCAGUAUCUUAGCACGGCAGAAUUUGCAAUGCGUGAAGAAUUGUCCCUUAAAGCUGCUAUUCUUGCAGAAAAGUUUGCCCCUGAUCUUUCAUGGUACGUUGAUGUGAUUCUUCAAUUGAUUGACAAGGCUGGAGAUUUUGUGAGUGAUGAUAUUUGGUUUCGAGUUGUGCAAUUUGUUACAAACAAUGAAGACCUACAGUCAUAUGCAGCAAUAAAAGCCAGAGAGUAUCUUGACAAGCCAGCAAUACAUGAGACGAUGGUUAAGGUAAGUGCAUAUCUUCUUGGAGAAUUUGGCCACCUUUUGUCCAGGCGGCCUGGGUGUAGUCCAAAGGAAUUGUUUAGCAUUAUACAUGAGAAGCUUCCUGCUGUAUCAACUUCUACAAUACCUAUUCUUCUUUCCACAUAUGCUAAGAUCUUGAUGCAUACUCAACCUCCAGAUCCAGAACUACAGAGUCAGAUUUGGGCAAUAUUGAGCAAAUACGAGAGCUGCAUUGAUGUUGAGAUACAACAGAGAGCUGCUGAGUAUCUAUCCUUGAGUAGAAAAGGUGCAGCUCUGAUGGAUAUAUUGUCUGAAAUGCCCAAGUUCCCUGAGAGACAGUCAUCUUUGAUAAGGAAGGCUGAGGAUACUGAAGUUGAUACUGCUGAACAAAGUGCUCUCAAGUUGCGGGCCCAGCAGCAAGUGUCAACUGCUUUGGUUGUAACUGACCAACGUCCUGCAAAUGGGACUCCAUUUGCCGGUCAGCUUACUCUUGUAAAAGUUCCUAGUAUGAGCAGUAAUACGGAUGUCAGUUCUGCUGAUCAAGGAUUGUCUCAGACAAAUGGGGUCUUGACUACAGUUGACCCUGAACCACCUUCAGCUGAUCUCCUUGGUGAUCUCUUGGGUCCUCUGGCUAUUGAAGGUCCUCCUCCAUCAGAUAAUGUCGAAUCUCGACAAAACAUAGUCUCUGGGUUGGAAGGUGAUAAUGCAGGGGAUGCCUCGGCCAUAGUGCCUGUUGAUGAUCCCCAGAGUUCCGUAGAGCCUAUAGGAAAUACUGCUGAAAGAUUUAUGGCUUUGUGCUUGAAAGAUAGUGGUGUUCUCUACGAAGAUCCUCAUAUUCAGAUUGGCAUAAAAGCAGAUUGGCGAUUAUAUCAAGGUCGUCUCGUUCUUUUCUUGGGCAACAAGAAUACUACUCCGCUUGUUUCAGUUCAGGCUGUAAUAUUACCUCCAUCCCAUUUAAAGAUAGAGCUCUCAUUGGUACCAGACACUAUUCCUCCCAGGGCACAGGUACAAUGCCCUCUUGAAGUUGUGAAUCUCCGCCCUAGCAGGGAUGUAGCGGUUCUUGACUUCUCCUACAAGUUUGGUAACAAUAUGGCCAAUGUCAAGCUUCGUCUCCCAGCCGUAUUAAAUAAAUUCCUUCAGCCUAUAAUGGUGUCUGCAGAAGAGUUUUUCCCUCAAUGGAGAUCACUUUCAGGACCACCUUUGAAGCUACAAGAAGUGGUUAGAGGCGUAAGACCACUAUCUCUUCUGGAAAUGACCAACUUAUUUAAUAGUUUCCGGCUAAUGGUUUGUCCAGGGCUUGAUCCAAAUCCAAACAAUCUCGUUGCAAGCACAACAUAUUAUUCAGAAAGUACGCAGGCCAUGCUGUGUUUGGUUAGAAUUGAAACAGAUCCAGCUGAUAGGACUCAGUUGCGUAUGACACUUGCCUCGGGAGACCCUGCACUGACAUUUGAGUUGAAGGAGUUCAUCAAGGAACAAUUAGUAAGCAUACCAAUAGCUCAGCGUGCACCAUCUCCACAGGUGCCACCAGCACCUCCAGCGGCUCAACCGACCAGGCCAGCUGCAGCAUUAUCAGACCCUGGCGCUAUGCUGGCUGGCUUGCUGUGAUGAAGAAGAAUGCAACAUGUGUGAGAAUCUGUUCAUUAUACACUUGAAAAAAGAAAAAAAGAAAAAAAAAACCUGAUUUAUACGAACUUCCCAGCCAUUAUAUCCCCCCCUCGAGUCAAGAGGUCGAGUAAAAAGACGAUGCUGAUGCAAGGGCUGUCGGGAAAUCGAGGGUGAGCUAAUUGAAUUGUGGUCGGCUUUGUGUUGUAAGGGAUUUUUGAGGGGUUGGUCGGGGUUUUGAGAUUCUUUUUCUGCACAUUGCAGUUGUGCCUAAGUAAGAUAGUUUUCUUGUUCUUUUUCUUUUUCUUUUCCAAGGGUGAGUGAGGGUUUUGUUUACUUUUCUUAUUCUAUUUUUAAUCAAUCGUCCCCAGUUAGUGAAUUGGUUUCUGUAAUACGAUAUUUGACAGCGUGUAAGAUACCGCAUCAAGUAGCCUAGUUGUAAAAGUAUUGAUCUUUGUUUUUGUUA